CCCAUCUCUCAUACACUUGUCUGGGUAUAAAUUGGAGCAUCAUGACAGUUCGGCACCCCCUGGUUCACACACUCAAGAUCCAAAGCCUGGUGCUGAUCUGAGCUGAUACCAUGUGUGACGACGAGGAAACUACCGCGCUUGUGUGCGACAACGGCUCCGGCCUGGUGAAGGCUGGGUUCGCCGGAGAUGACGCACCCCGCGCCGUGUUUCCUUCCAUCGUGGGUCGCCCCCGUCACCAGGGCGUCAUGGUCGGUAUGGGCCAAAAAGACUCGUACGUCGGCGACGAGGCUCAGAGCAAAAGAGGCAUCCUGACCCUGAAAUACCCCAUCGAGCACGGCAUCAUCACCAACUGGGACGACAUGGAGAAGAUUUGGCACCACUCGUUCUACAACGAGCUGCGCGUGGCUCCGGAGGAGCACCCCACUCUGCUGACAGAGGCUCCCCUCAACCCAAAGGCCAACAGAGAGAAGAUGACCCAGAUCAUGUUUGAGACUUUCAACGUUCCCGCCAUGUACGUGGCCAUCCAAGCCGUGCUGUCUCUGUAUGCGUCUGGACGCACCACAGGUAUCGUUCUGGAUUCCGGUGAUGGUGUGACCCACAACGUGCCCAUCUAUGAGGGUUACGCUCUUCCUCACGCCAUCAUGCGUCUGGAUUUGGCCGGUCGGGACUUGACAGAUUACCUCAUGAAGAUCCUGACCGAACGUGGCUACUCUUUUGUCACAACCGCCGAGCGUGAGAUCGUGCGUGACAUCAAGGAGAAGCUGUGUUACGUCGCUCUGGACUUUGAGAACGAGAUGGCCACCGCCGCCUCCUCCUCCUCCCUGGAGAAGAGCUACGAGCUGCCCGACGGUCAGGUCAUCACCAUCGGCAAUGAGCGUUUCCGAUGCCCGGAGACCUUGUUCCAGCCGUCAUUCAUCGGCAUGGAGUCUGCAGGCAUUCACGAAACCACUUACAACAGCAUCAUGAAGUGCGACAUUGACAUCCGCAAGGACCUAUACGCCAACAACGUCAUGUCAGGCGGCACCACCAUGUACCCUGGUAUUGCUGACCGCAUGCAGAAAGAGAUCACCGCUCUGGCCCCCAGCACCAUGAAGAUUAAGAUCAUCGCACCCCCGGAGAGGAAAUACUCGGUAUGGAUCGGCGGCUCCAUUCUCGCCUCUCUGUCCACCUUCCAGCAAAUGUGGAUCAGCAAACAGGAGUAUGACGAGGCUGGACCCUCCAUCGUCCACAGGAAGUGCUUCUAAGCACCAGACUGACUCUCUCUCCUCACUCUCCUGUCACCGCUGCUCCCUUCUGUGCCAAAUUCCGAAUUUUUUCUAUUCGUACACACUGUCGUCAAAUAUUUGUUUACGCUUAAAUGUAUAGGUUUAUAAAUAAAUGAGAAUCGGGACAUCCAA